AUGGACGAAGCUGGAUGGCACGCUCUACGAAGAGCCGAAGCAGCAUACCACGAACCAUAUGAGAGAAACCCUGAUGGGUCAUAUCAACCGAUAGUCAAUGUGAAUCCUCUCAACGAGCCUUAUAUCACAGGCCCAUCCAGAUCGACGAGUGAAGCUUCUACUGGAAGUUGGGGUCCUCCUCCUGGACCUCCGCCUGGACAUCAGGAGCGCCCACCUGCGUAUCACGCUCCCGCGAACCAUGCCGAGUCUUGGAUGCCAAACGAGGAAAAGAGAGUAUAUGAAGAGAAACUAAAUCCCACGCCUAGUGCCAUUGAGCGAUGUGAAUGUGGACCUUUGCUCCGAUACGACACGGUCGAGAAUGAUACCUAUUACGGCUCAGUGCUCAUUGUAACUGCCGACGCCGGCUCGAUAUAUUCUCCACAUCCUCGCCUCACGCUCGAAUGGGACCCAGAACGACCCUCAUAUCUACGGUCGUCCUCAACCUCGAGUCAAUACUAUGCUCCCGGAUCUACACCCAUGGGUGACCCAUCUCAUCCAGCGGCAGCGUAUGGUGGCACAAGCUACAGUCGGACUUCCCUCCAAAGCACCGAUAGUUACACGCCAUCUGCCCGUGCGAGGACCAGCCUCAUUAAAGCCCAGGAAAUUUGGGUGUACCAUGGUCCAUAUGGCUCAUGCACAUUCUGGAGGAUGAUGUUCGAAAUACCUCUUUCUGAAAAUGAGAUGGCAAUCACCUAUCGGGUCAAUGGAGGUCAUGGCCUGCAGUUCUUCGUUCCCGGCAAAACGCAGAACAUGCGCUGGGCCGCAUACUCGUGCAACGGAUUCUCGGCUGGUAUCAAUGCAGACGAAUUCAGAGGCCCAGGUCAUGCGUCGGGUUUCGAUCCUGUGUGGUCGGACCUCCUGGAUCAGCAUGCUGAGAAACCUUUUCAUGUUCUUGUGGGUGGCGGGGAUCAAUUGUAUUGCGACAGUCUCAUGCGCGAGCCUGAAUUUCAAGAAUUCAUCAACCUCACUUCACGAAAAGCAAAGCUCGCGUACCAGAUUACCGAUAGUAUUCGAGCAGCUAUUGAUCGGUUUUACUUUAGUCAUUAUUGCUUGGUAUUCCGAAACGGAAAGUUUGCACAAGCCAACAGCACGAUUCCAAUGGUCAACAUGCUAGAUGACCAUGAUAUGAUUGAUGGUUUUGGCAGCUAUCCUGAGGAACUACAACGCUCACCCAUGUUCCAAUUGAUCGGAGACCGCGCAUACCAUUUCUUCCUUCUCUUUCAGUGCUUCGUGGUCGACGCGGUAGAUGGAAUCGACUCGCGUCCUGGCAAGCACAGUACACACUCGAUGUUGAUAGGCGGAGCUGGGGCAUGGAUCCCUUACCCGUCACACAGUUUCCUGACGUACAUGGGCCCAGCUACUGCGAUGAUUAUGCUAGACUGCAGAGCAGAACGUCGAUUGGAUCGUGUGUGUAGUGAGACAACCUACCGCCGAAUGUUCGACAGAUUGUGGGAGCUACCCGCUUCGGUGAAGCAUUUAGUCGUUCAGCUUGGUAUUCCUAUUGCAUAUCCGAGGAUGAAUUUCUUAGAAACCGCCUUGGAAUCCUCCUUCAAUCCAUUCAUUGCACUCGGAAAGAAGGCAUGUAUUUCGCUUCGCUCUCCUCACGUGCUCAUCUAUAUACAGGGCCAGUUGGGUAUGGGCUCACUGGUUAACAAGUUCAACAAGGAUGCUGAGCUGCUCGAUGAUUUAAUGGAUCACUGGACAGCCGCAAAGCACAAGAAGGAACGGAAUUGGUUUGUCGAGCAAAUGCAAAACUUUGCCCUCCUCCGUCGGAUACGGGUAACCUUUCUCUCUGGCGACGUGCACUGCGCGGCGGUUGGUGUAUUCAAGACGCUUUCUCCAAAUGCACCUGUAGACCCAAGGAUGGACUAUCGAUAUAUGAUCAACGUUGUGACAUCCGCAAUUGUCAAUACGCCACCGCCGAAUGGCGUGCAGACAAUGGUCGCUUCGCUGAGUGACAAGCAGCACAAGUCCAUGCACUAUGCGCAGACAGACGAGACCAUGAUUCCUCUUUUCCAGAAGGAUACCAACGGCAAGCCACCGAAAUCGAAGAACAUUAUGGGCCGACGUAAUUAUGCAAUCGUGGAAUAUGACUCAAAGACGGAGGAAUUGCAGUUUGACAUCAGAGUUGAGAAGCAGAAAGGAGUGGGUACGACAGUAGGGUAUCCGAUACGAACACCAGGGCCAGGAUGGCAGGUACCGUGA